GUCAAAGAGGAGUUGGUGGAGUCAACCAUCAUCCUCAUCCCGAAACUGAGAAUCCCUGAGAGUCCGGCCCACUUUCAUCCGAUUUGCCUGAAUAAUGUGUGUCUCAAGGAAAUCACGAAAGCCAUCGCCAAUAGAUUGAGACAUGUGAUGACAAAAUUGGUGGCACCAAUCAAAGCAGUUUUAAUCCAGGCCUGCAAACAAAUGACAAUAUCAUUAUUCUCCAAGAAGUGCUCCACUCCUUCUGUAAGAAAAAGGGAGCUAAAGGGGGCCUCAUUAUGAAAAUUUACUUGGAGAAAGCUUAUGACAAGCUUCGGUAGGAAUUCAUUCGAUACACGCUGAUGGUAAUUGACCUUCCCAUACCUGGGUUAGUCGGAUCAUGUUCUACGUUCAGCAAACCAAGAUGCGGAUUAACUGGAAUGGGCAGCUCAUAGACCAAAUUAUCCCUUCUAGAGGAGUCCGCCAGGGGGACCCCUGAUCUCCCUAUCUCUUUGUGUUAUGCAUUGAAAGACUCGCUCAUUGAAUUGAAAAGGUAGUUGGCGAUAAACUUUGGAAGCCUAUCUCUCUUUCGAAGGAUGACCCAAAGCUAACCCAUUUGUUUUUUGCUGAUGACCUUGUUCUUUUUGCAGAGGCAAAGGGUGCCAGCUUGUGGUAAUUCGAAGAUUUUUGGAUGAGUUUUGUGUUAGCUCUGGUCAACAAGUCAAUCUCAAUAAUUCGGUCAUGCUGAUCUCUCUCAACGUUCAUCGGGACAAAGUGCAGACUCAGAGACCGGGCUAGGAUUUCGCUUACUGCAGAUCUAGGGAAAUAUCUGGGCAUUCACACUAUAAAUGGGAGAGUCUUAAAUGCCAGAUAUAAGGACCCGAAUUCAAAGAUGCAAAGGAAACUCACUCCUCAGAAGACCAAACACCUGUCACUUGCCGGCCGAAUUACUCUGGUGAAGUCUUUCUCGUCCUCAAUGUUUGUUUACCCCAUGUUUACCGAACGAAUACCUGCCACUGUUUGUUCCUCUCUUGGCAGGAUCAACAUGCAAUUUGUAUGAGGGCGAGGAGGACGGGAAGACUAAGUUUCACCUGGUGGCAUGGGACGGAUGAUUUUUCCUAGGGAUCAAGGGGGCGUCGGUAUUCGUCCCACCAAACUUGCCAAUUAGGCGAUGCUCGCCAAGGGAUCAUGAAAGAUUGCCGUAAACGACCAAUCCCUUUGGACUCGGGUCAUGAAAGGAAAUAUGGUUGCUCUAUAGACGACAUCAAUGGUCUGACCAACAGAAAAGAAAAUUCAAUUGUCUGGCAUAGUUUCAGUCAAGUAAAACUGUGCUAUGAAAAGGAAGUGUCAUCGGUGUUUGUAAUGGUAAAGGAACUAAAUUCUGAACUGAUUUGUGGGUGUCGCAGGUUCCUCUAGCAAAGGUUCCUAGUUAAAAGAUUGUGUGUGCUGACUUGAACUGUUCGGUGGCAUCCUAUUGGAGUCCAGACCGGGGCUGGAAGACGGAGGAGUUCACGAACUAUAUCCCUCCAGAAACUUGGAUAAUAUUUGAACAAUUAUGGUUGACCCGCUCUCAAGCAAAGAAGACAAACCGAGAUGGAAUUUAACUACAAGUGGCCACUUCUCAGCCAAAUUGGCGUACAAAGAUAUCUCUCCACCGACCACUUGCCUCACAACCUCUCUUUGGAAGACGAUAUGGAAACUCUAGGUACCGGAAAGAGUACGAGUGUUCAUUUGGAUGGCGGUUAAUGGGAAAUUAUCAACCAAUAGUGUGAGGAAAUUUCGACACCUCACUGAUAUGAUAGCUGUGUUGACUGCGAUGGGGUCCCCGAAACCAUCACCCACGGCCUCCGCGAUUGUUAGAAGGCAAACUCCCUUUGGGCGAAGUUCAUUCCCAGCUCUCAGUUAACUGAUUUCUUAGCCAGGAAAGGCACCUCCUGGCUGCAAAUGAACCUGAUGAACCACCGGUUGGGACCUUGGCCAGGUGAACGGAACAACUACUUCAGUCUUCUAAUCUGGUUUUUUUAGAAGGAGAGAAAUGAGAAAGUCUUUCGAUCGAGGUGCAACCCUUUCUCCUUCCUCGUUUGUUAAUUAUGUUACGUCUAAAGCUAAAGAGUGGGAAAAAGUUUGGGAGACUGUGAGUCGUAAUGGUAAGAAUCCUCAUUCGCCCCGCUUAGAGGUUUUAAUUGGCUGGUCUCCUCCCCCGGCGGGAUGGCUAAAGCUCAACAACAAUGGCGCUGCUCAAGGAGUGAAUGGAGAUAUGCGACGGGAGGGGUGAUUCGGGACAAUGCAGGAGACUGGCGUGGAGGUUUCCUCUACUGGAUCGAAUCUGGAUCAGCCGUCAUGGCUGAGUUAUGGGGCAUCUACCACGGUCUGCAAAUAGCUUGGAGGAAAGGUACUCAAUUUCUUAUCCUUCAAUCCGACUCAAAUCUAGUGCUAGAUUUGAUUAAGCAAACACCCAACCCGCUUCAUCGUCAUGCCAACAUUCUUGGGGGUAUUCACCGUAUGUUAUCUCAGAACUGGGUUGUGUAGCUAGUUCAUACAUAUCGCGAGGGGAAUAGAGUCGCAGACUUGCUCUCGAAGCACAGUCUCGUCUAUCCCUUUGGAGUGAAUGAACUACAACAAAUUUGUCCUAUUAGGUAUAAUAUGACAAAAAGUGUUGUCACAAAUGUUUGUCAUUUUAUCGGCGUCAAGAUAGGUCAAAUGUGACAAAAAUUUAAAACAAGGUUGUCACAUUUGCUUUAAUUAUAGCUGAGGUUUUGGGUAAUCUAUUGUGACAAAUAGAGAUGUUAUGACGACAUAUUUUGUCAUUACGAUUGUCAUAAUCUGGUGAUUUGGGGAGAAUUGUUCAUCACAUUACAUGUAUAUAUUUUGUCAUAACUGUAUAUUGUGACGACUGCAUCUGUCACAAGUGUUUAUUGUGACAACAUUAUUUUGUCAUAGCUGAAUAUUAUAAUUAAUAUAUUUUGUGCUUCAAAAAUUUCAUAAUUCGAAAUUGUUUUUUGCAUUGGAACAUGAUAAUGGAAUGAUUACCAAAAACCCUAAACAUUACAACCAUUUCCAUAGCAGUCUAACCUGCCACUCUCGUAUAACAAUUAACAAGAGCAGCGACAGAUCGAGAAAGCUAGGGUUUCGGGUUUCAUUUUUUUUUUCUUCUUCUUUGUUUUGUUUGAUCUUCCAAGUAGAGAGAAUGAUAGGGAGAGGUGAGGUUGAUUGACCUUCAAUGUACUGACGUCGGCAUUCAUCGCCGUCGUGCCCUUCGAUGUCGCCGCCCUUUCGUUUCUCUUUAGUUUCAUCUUUGAUAGAAGAGAAGGGAGGGAGAUUAGGUUAGAUUGAGAAAUCAAAGCGGCAGAUUGAGUCAUUUUUUUAGAAGAUAUGGAGAGAGGGGAAGUAUCUUUGCUCGAUCUGAAAAGGGGAUGGAAAGAAUAGAUCGAAGAGAAGGAGAGAAGGAAAGAAUAGAUAGAAGUUUGAUUUGUUUUCUAGAGAAAAUGAAGAGAGAAUCGAGAGAAGUGAGAGGCCGAGCGGCAGAGAUCAUAAGAGGAAAAUGGUUAGUUUUUUUUUGCUAGAGUUUAAGAGAUGCUUAUAUACCUCUGAUCGUAUAAAGCACGUAUUAUAUUUGUAUAACACAUUUAACAUCCGUAUUUCAUGAAUUAAAUUGUAACUUAAAUAUUAUAUAAUUAUUUAUUCAUUUUUAAAUAAUUGAAUAUAUACUUUUUAUGUUAACAUUUACAGACCAAAGUCGAAACAAUUAUAUUAUGACGAACAUGCCAUUUUGUCAGCUCACCGUGGGACUAUUGAUAUCUAUUGUAACAAAAUACUUUGUCAUUUAAACAAUUCAGAAAGGCAUAAUAUGACAAAAGCUACUCUGACAAUAUAAUUUUUCACUUUUGUGUCUCUUACAUCCCUAUAUGGGAUGCCUAUUUUGACAAACUUAACUGUGAUACGAAAUAUCUGUCACAUUACUCACUUUAAAUGACGAAAUAUUCUGACAACAGAAAAUUGUCACUAUUGAGUCUCUUACAUCUCGAUAUGGGACGCCUAUUUUGACAAAAUUAAUUGCGACACGAAAU